CUACAGAAAAUGUAAGUGUGAGUCGAUCGACUGGUACAAACAUAUGUAAAUAUGGUCCUAAACAAAACUGAGACAAGUAAAAACCGUACAGGUUUAUCAAGGUACGUUGGGUCGAUCGUUGGGUUGAAGAUAAGCGACCUAUUGAAUUGGUCGAUGAGACAUCACGUACAUUGACUCCGCAUCGAUAUAGACUCUAGCAGUGAUGCAUUUGCCUACAGUGAAAAUCGGAUCGGACGAUGGACCCAGGUGAUUUGUUCCGCUGAACAACAAGCUGCAGGCCAACGGGAUUGUACGGAUAUCUUCGUAAAAUGCCGGGAAUAUAAACAACGCCAUGUGUUAUAAAACACCACCUCUUGGUUUUCAUCAGUUUCAGUUUUAAGAAAGAGUGAAAUAAUCUAUUUCAUUGCCUGAUGUCGUAGAUCGUGAGAAAUAAUCUAUUUCAUUGCCUGAUGUCGUAGAUCGUGAGAAAUAUUCUAUUUCAUUGUCUGAUGUCGUAAAUCGUGAGAAAUAAUCUAUUUCAUUGCCUGAUGUCGUAGAUCGUGAGAAACAAUCUAUUUAAUUGCCUGAUAUCGUAGAUCGUGAGAAAUAAUCUGGGAAAAUGAGGGCAAGUAGAUUCAGAUGGCGUCGCUUUUUCUUUCUUUCUAUUGGUUUGUUUCUUUUGAGUGUCUUCAUGUUUUAUCAGUCCUUGUCGAUCGAGGGUGUCACGUGCUUGGACCGGUUUGUCUCGCCGAGGAUAACAAUGGACCUUGACGAUCAAUUGGUUGCUGGACACGGCGUAAGGAAAACAGCUAGCACAAUUCGAAAAUUUGUAGAUAACAAAUUAAUUUCAAGUUUUGAAUCGGAUCUAGAGGGAAACAUUAUUCCUAAUAGCAUUCAUUAUGUGUGGUGCCAUAAUCGUAGUCUCCAUUUUGAAAAUUAUCUGAGCAUCUUAAGUGCCUGGAAGGUUAUGCAACCUGACAUUAUUGAAUUACAUACAAAGUAUGAUAUACAUGGUGGGGCGGAUAAAUAUAAUUUCUGGCUUGAGGAUCUCAAAAAAACUAUCCCUGGUUUCGUUGUGAAGGCGAUGCCUAACUACAACAAUGAUCCAGCUUGUGGUGUUUGGUAUGGUAUCGAUGUCCUGAUGGAUCGUGGUGGAAUAUACUUCAGUGAAAAUCUAUUUCUGAUGCAAUCGUUGCGUCAUUUACGACGCCAAGAGUCAUCGGUGGGUGUUACCGAUGGUGAUUGGACAGUCAGUCACGUGAUGUCUGUUGACCAUAACCGUCACGCGCUAGUGACUUUAAAGCAAUUGUUGACAAUGAAAAAUACAGAAGAUGCAGACAAUAUCAUUCCAGAUCAUUAUUCUCACUGUGAACAAUUAGGAAGCGAUUUAACAAUUGUAUACGAAAAUACGACAUGUAUUGAAAUACCAGCUUUAUAUCCAAAGGAUAUUAUGUAUUCAAACACUUCAUUUGCAUAUAAUGUUAGGCUAAUACUUUAUGGUGAAUCGGCAAUUGUUGCACCUAAGGCAAAUCUGCCAGGUGUAAUACCAAAAAUCAUUCACCUUGUUUGGUUCAACAGAAAAACCAUGGAUUUUAUGAUGUAUCUAAGCUUACGGAGUGCUCUUACAUUUUUGAAACCAGAUAAAGUAUAUAUCCAUGGCGACAAACUACUGGAAGGAAGAUACAUGGACAAAUUCAAAAAGGAUCCAAGGAUUAUUAUGGUUUAUAGGGAAGUUCCGAGAUAUGUUUUCGGAAAAGAUGUGCUUUAUACACAGCACAAAAGUGAUAUAAUACGAGCAGAUGUUUUGUUAAAAUACGGUGGGAUCUAUAUGGAUUGGGACGUUCUCUGGCUUCGUCCUAUCGACGAUCUGAUUCAAACCGGAUAUGACGCCAUAGUCAACUUUGAUCACAUGCCAUGGCCUGAUUUUCCAGAUGCGUUCAAUUUGGGCGUUCUUAUGGCAAAGCCGGGGUCAGAGUUUAUCAAAAGAUGGCAAGCGGCCUUAGUGGAUUACAGAUCGUGGGAUUUCUUUUACAACGCCAUUUUGUUGCCUUACAAGAUAUACGAACGCCAUCCUCACAGUGUACACAUAGAGAAACACUUACAAGUCAUGUGUUAUCAACUUAAGUGUCAUCCUACAUUUCAACCCGGAUACAAGAAUUUCAACCGCGAGCAGGACUUUAAUUGGAAGAUGGAUACUUACUCCGUCCACUUCACAUUUCCGGACCCACCAGCCUUGACCAACGCCUCCACGCUACGAAAAAGUCACGGAAUGUUUGCAGACAUUGGCCAAUACAUCCUAGACCAGCCUUAUGAGUUUGAUUAAAAACACGCUUCAUCCGGAUUUUUUGUUUUCCCCGAUGUCGGUGUUUUGAUGGCAAUCAUAUAUUGUUUGAGAUUAUUUUUGAACUUUGUAUUUCCGAACAUAUUCUAUCACAUGACUAUAGUGUUAUUUAGUGCAUACACAUAUGUCUUAUGUUUGCGUGUGUACCUAUCUGAUAUAACCCAUUGUAAUGUUGUCAAAUUAUAAUUAAAUUAUACACCGAGAGUCACAUACUCCCGGUGUAUAUAAUGGCGUCACAAUGCAAACGAUAGCUGCUCUUGUGAUAAAAAAAAAUGGCCUUUAAUUCUUUAUUUUAGACAAAGAAUCUCCAGAGCUUGAUUCUUGAAUACCUGGAGGUUCAAUAUUUCCUUGUCAAAUGCUAUUUAAAAUGACGUCAUUCAAUUGUUUUCAUUAUGACGUCGUAUGCACGUGUAGCUUGUCUCGUCAUCACUUGUUUGGCACAUCUGGCGACCAGGCCAGCAGUGGUAAUUGCACGUUCAAUCUGAAUAAUGCAUCAAUUAUUGUAAACUUUCUUAGUUAGAUUGCCUUUGAGGUGCUACAUUUUUUUGUAUAUACGGAGUGAUUUAAUUUUUAUGCACAUGAUGUAUGAACCAUGUAUAUAUUAUUAUUAUGAUAUUUACAUUUUUGAAAAAAAUACAACGAAUACUCAUUUCACCGGUAUUUUUCACAUGUGGGAAACGCAAUAUAAUGAUGACUUUUUAUUAAAGUUUUGUUUCCAGUGUUUCCAGUGUUUCCAGACAGUAACUAUAAAAGGACUCUCCGAAAACAAUUGCAUUUGGAGUUUGAAUUAUGGUCCAAUAAUGAAGGUGUUUUCUGAACAAAUGUACCCUCCAGAGCCGACCUCACUUUAAAGCUACAGUAGAAAAAUAUAAGCGAAUAUACAUAUUAUUUUAGUCAAUCAGUUCUCAUAAUACUGCUUCCGGUGCAAGAUAAACGUAACACAUGCAUAGGUAAUUGCACCGAAACAAAUUUGGUCAAAACCACAAUAUGCGAAAAAUGAAAUACAGAAUUGUACACUACAUCAUACAGCUGUUUUGUCCUUCCAGGUUAAUAAAACCACUUAUUCUUAAGAAUUUCAAAAUUUUGAAAGUAUAGGUUAAUUUGAAGCAGAAGAAUACUGUCAUAAUAUAUUUAUUGUAUUGGGAAAUUAUAGUUAUAGUGAAAUCUCGUUUGUAUGCCACCUAGUCCCUUAUUGCCAGCAUUUUACAAGGUCCCCGCUACUUUUCAUCUGAACGAUUCCCCUUAAAAGCUUCCCUCAAUAUAGCGCCACACCUCUUAAUAAGCUUAAAAAACAAAUGACGCAAUUGUUGAAAACUCCAUUACUUUAAAAAUCAGAAACAUUCUGAAAGAUUUCAGCUAUUUUGGUACUUCGUCUCUUUAGAAUUCCUUGUUGAUAUACACAAGUACUCGAUCCUUAAGUAUAAGGAUAAAAAAGUCGAAAAUAAAAUAAAAUAUAGUCAAGCUAACAAGACAUUGAACAUUCGGUUCCUGACAGUUAAUUUGUAUUGAAAUGUUACUGUAUUGAUUGCUGUAUUGAUUAUAACUUUGCUAUUCCGCUUGUAUCAAAGUUAGUUCGGGAUUCCUUGGGCUUUUUUUAAUUGAUAUUUAUAUGCAUUUAUAGAUUAUACAGUCUGCAUAUUGUCAAAACUUCUUGUUUCGAUUUGUUUAUUUACUGGAUAAAGUCGAAAUGAUUUCAAGGUAUAAAUUCACGUAUAUCAUAUUUGUCAUAAUCAGUCAUAUAAUGAAGAAAUACAGUA